CAGAGAGAGAGAGAGAGAGAGAGAGCGAGGAGGUGGAGAACUCUUUUUCUCAGCUGGUCUGCUUGCCUGUCCCGCCUUGGACUCGCAUUACCAUGACUACAACAUCCGAGAAUUCGGUAAAAGAAAGCACAGCAACAGAGUGAAAGCGAGAGGCAAGAAUCAGUUUCUUUUUUUCUAAGUGGAAAAAAGUGAGAGAGGAGGGGAGAGCAGAGGGAGGGAAGAGACAGAAAAUAAAGUAGAGUAAGUAAAAGAGCUUGUCAAAGCGUAUACUAGAAAGAGGAGCAAGGUGACACGGGAGGAGCCGAGGAGGGAGAAGAGAGGAGAGGAGGAGGAAGAAGAGGAGAGGAGGAGGAAGAAGAGGAGAGGAGUGAGUGAAGGACUGAGAGAUAGCUGGCCAUGGGUCUGUGCGCUGUGCUGCUCAUCUGUCUGUCCCAGGCAGAGCUUGCCAGAGUCUGGAGUCAAGAGCUAUCAGGUUCACUGCAUGGACAAUCAGAUGUACAGAGAGUCAGGAGAGAUCAGCAGGAGGCUAGCCGAGGUACACAGAACAGAACAGGCCAGGAGGCAAAUGGAGGAGGCCUCGCCAUCGACACACUACCCGAUAACAUGACCAGAGUGGUGGAGGACGCUCAGAAGUAUUACUCAUGGCGUAGCUUUGGUCCUGGUGACAAGCAAACUCAGGAGCUUUGGGUGGACCUGAAUUCAGUCCAGGAGGGUCAAGUCAGGGUGCAUGGAAUCUUGUCAAACACACACCGACAGGCAGCGCGGGUGGCCCUUUCCUUUGACUUCCCCUUCUAUGGACAUCCAGUGAGGCAAAUCACCAUAGCAACUGGAGGGUUCAUUUUCACUGGAGAGAUUACGCAUCGCAUGCUAACAGCUACCCAGUACAUUGCGCCUCUUAUGGCCAACUUUGACCCCAGUUUCUCCAGGAAUUCCACUGUGUGCUACCUGGACAAUGGAGAGGUGUUUGUUGUGCAGUGGGAUAAAGUGAGGCUUCAGGGCAGGGAGGCAGAGGGAGCCUUCACCUUUCAGGCCGCUCUUCACCGCAACGGGACCAUUGUCUUUGGCUACAGAGACGUGCCUUUACCGGUGGUAAAGAUCAACUCUACUGAGCACCCAGUGAAGGUUGGUCUGUCUGAUGCCUUCAUGGCCUUUAUUUCUUCCCCACAAUCCCCAGAAUCGAAAAGGAGGACGAUCUAUGAAUAUCACCGGGUUGAAGUCAACACCACUGAGAUUGUAAACCGCUCUGCAUUCGUGUUCAGCCCAUUACCUACCUGCCUCCAACACACCAACUGUGACCAGUGUCUUCACUCCAACCUGACCAUGGGCUGUGGCUGGUGCAACAUCUUGCAGAGGUGUUCAGAUGGAAUAGACCGGCAUAGACAGGAAUGGCUUGAAUUCAGCUGCUCAGAGGAGGCGAAGGAGGGCACAUGUGAGGAUUACAUACAGGGAGGUGCAGACAGUUCGAUGAGUCCAUUCAGCUCCCCUGUUCCUGCCGCUACACUGUCCCCUGCAACUAGGCCAGGCAGCCCUGUCACUGAGGAUGACACCAAUCUUCUCUUUCACCACCAUGAUAAUGGUUCUUCUGGUGAGGAUGAGCCUCCAGAACACACUGCAAUUAUUGCAGGGGUAGUGGCAGCCCUGGUCCUAUUGGUCUUCCUGACCUUGUUGGCUGUGUACUAUAUAAACACACACCCCACUGUCGCCCCUCCAUUCUACCUCAUGCAGCGCCGAACCAAUAACUAUUGGCCAUCCAUGAAGUUUCGCAAUCAGGGUUGCCAUUCCAGCUAUGCUGAGGUUGAACUUGGGUUUCAUGAAAAAGAUGGAUUUAUUGAGGCGGAGCAGUGCUGAGGAGGCGGGACUUCCUCCACAAAGGAACCAAUUAAUCUCUGUUUUUUGGUAAAAGUUCAAACACAAAAAAUGACAAUGAGGGGCUGUAAACCACCACAUGAAUGGACACCAGAGACUGUGGAUAGUUACCUUGCAAGCUUUCUCUGCCUCCAUAGAUGUGACAGUCCUUCCUGCAACACCUCUUGUGCUAUUUGUUUAUUCCUUUUAUUAAGGAACAGGCAAUGUUAAUGGCAAAUGUGCUAGCUACGCUCUUGGUAAAGGCGGUGAGAGUGGCACAUGCAUUAACCAUGAAGAGUCCUGCAGUUAGUGUACAGUAUGAUACAACUUUGUAGAAUUUUGUUUAAAAAAAAAAGAUGUUUUGUGUUUUAUAUUAUGUUCAAUGGGGAAAAAAUAAUAAUACUCAGUUAGCCACAUGGACUGGACUGCACUUUAAAUGAAUUAUAUCAGUAGUAAUAGUUAUAUGAUGUGAUCUGAUAUUUUUGACCUUUUUUAUAUUUUGUGCCCUAUAGGAUCAAGUUUCAGGUAUCAGUAUUGUAAUCAUAGUGCCCAACAGACAAAUUUAAAAAAAAUAUAUAUAUAUAUAUUCUGGGUUUUUAAAGGGACAGUUUACUGCUUCAUGUGAGGUGAAUUGUAAUGAUACACUGACGAACAUAAAUGAGAAAUAAAUUCUCGCCCUAGUGUACCCCAGCCCCUUUGUGAAAUGUAUUCUUCAUGUUGUUUAAGGAAAAGAGGCGUAGCCAAGCCUCUUAGCUGAGGUUUCUGCAUCAGAAAAAUGUGAAAAGAAGCCUGAAAUUGAACAACUAGCAAUAUUAGAUUAUCUCUGAUAUCUUUUAAAUUAUAUGAUUAUUAUACAGAGAUGGAGACUAAAGUUAAGGACUUAAUUUGAGUUACACAUUGACUGACUCAUGACAUCACUUGGGGUUGAGACUGAAUAAAGCUUGGAUAAUAACAUGAACGCAAACACUAAUAAUUUAGGACUUAAGACAUGAAUGAGUUCUCAGCUGAGAGACUUGUGACUUGGCUCAGACUUACAGCUCAGUGACUUGAGCCUUGUCCUGAACUGUAGUUUAGACUUGUGACUUUAGCUUAAAGAUUUCAAACAUGACUAAGACUUACAGUUGAGAGACUUGAAAAUUGGCUUGGACUUGACAGCUUAGAGACUCAUAGCUUGACAUGCCCUUGCAGCUAAAAGACUUGCCUUGGGCUGGUAGCUUAGAAACUUGUGAAUUAGCUUGGACUUGCAGCUCAGAGACUUGUGACUUCAAUUGAACAUGUAGCUUGGAGACUUGUGACUUAUACUUGCAGCUCACAGACUUGUGACAUGACUCUGACUCACAAAAAAAUGUGACUUACGCAUCUCUGUUAAAUGUCUAGAAACUUUUAAAGAUCGUAAGCAUGCAUCUUCAAAGGAAAAUGAUGAUUUCAUUACCCAAAAAAGAUCUUAAAAUAUAAAUGGAAUCCAGUUCCAAUCAGGGAAAUGGUUUGAAAUUACUGCUUCACAUAUUACUGUUCUGACAUAACUCAUAUGCAAUCACUAAUUGUUACAAUUUGAAAUUGUAAUUGCAUGUCAGAUAUUUGAUACAAAGUUAGGAUUUUGACAAAGAAAAGGGCAAAACUGGUACUUUGUUGUUGAGGAUUAAAAUUGCAGUAAAAUGUCAUUUUGAAUAUAAAGUGUGCUUUUAGUGAACCAAUAAAGUGAAAACACUGUUUUGAAAAUCA